ACAGUCAACAGUCACUAGUUGACGACACACGUUCUAGUGAUCAUUUCUCUAAAAGAGAUCGCGAGUUCUAAAGAGAUCCCGAGAUCAAAAGAGAUCCCGAGUUCAAAAGAGAUCCCGAGUUCAAAAGAGAUCCUGAGAUCAAAAGAGAUCCCGAGUUCAAAAGAGAUCCUGAGAUCAAAAAGAUUCCGAGUUUAAAACUUUGAAUUUUCCAAAAUAUAGUGCUAAAAAUAUUUAAGUUUGUUUAUAUAAAAAGUUUAUUUACGGAGUUCAUGGGUGAUUUUUUUAAAGAAAAUGAUAUAAUAGUGCUGUUUUGAUAAGCGAUUAAAUAAUAUCUACUGAUAUUUAUUAUAAUCUCAAAGAUCUGUUUAAAUUAAGAUCUUAAAUAAUUUAAAAAUAGAUUUGUUAAGUGCUAAGAAGGUGAACAUACAUAAUUAAAUAAGUUAAAAGAAAUUGAAAUAAAGAAGAUGGCGCCAGCGUGUUGUCAAAAGGUUUUGUCGGUACUCCGCAAGCAUGUGCUGAAGCUGAAGGCGUUUGAUGUCUUCCUCCAGGGAACAUACCUGCUCAUCUUAUUCUUGGAGACCAACGCGUAUCUACUGCUGCGUAGAGACGCGAGAGCAGGGUACCAUUCUACACUCACUUUAGAUUAUGUGAGGAUGGGAACUGCCGGCGUGGAGUUCCUCGUGGGACCGCUGGUGGCGUGGUGGGGGAGAGGCAUACGGAACCGAGCCCUCUCCGGUUGGCUGGGACUAACCGCAGCAGCAGGGCUCCUGGUGCUCGCCUUCCCUUACGCUGAGACCAAUCCUGUUAGCAUGGGUCUAUGUAGACAAGAACAAGAGGUGAACUUCACUGGUGAUAAAUACCUGGCAGCAAGAACCACCUUCCUCAUCAUCACCAUCAUACUGUGUGGACUCACGAAGCUCAGCAUUUGGACACAUGGCCUCACUUACUUGGAUGACCACCACCCUGCUCAUGGACCCGAGUUCUACGGUGGUUUGAUCACUUCCCGUAUAACCCUGGGACUGGAUGGAGACGGUAUUCUGGAGAAGGCAUCCCAAAGCGAGGACUGGUGGCAGAACCAGCUGAUCCUCACCAUGGUGACUCUGUUCGUUUGCUUCAUCUUCAGCCUGUUCCCCACGAGGAUGGCUUCGAAAGAAAUGGAUGUCAUUGAGAACUCUAACGUUGAUACCGGCCUGUUCCCGACCCUGAGGCGACUGCUCACCAACAAAGUGCUGAUUCUGCAAACUAUAGCAUUAUCCUUCUGGAGCACUGCUGUACUCGUGUUCGCAAAAUAUGAAAUACCAUAUGUUCAGGGCCGAUACAAUGUGGAGGCAACCCGCGGCUCCGACGUCAGGAGUACGGGAGAUCCGAUCAAUAUAUUCAGAACUGGUCUUCUAGUUAUGUUUAUCAUGAUCGUCAAGAUCAAUGGAACAAACAGGCUUGAAGCGUUGAAUACGAAGUCUGCAGCAGCCCUGGCGGUGAAAGCCUCCGUCUUUGUGACUCUGUUCCUGACUCUAAUAACGUUUACCAGUUGUGACACUGGCACCAUAAAGGGAUUGCAGACAGGCUACUAUGAACAACCAUCGUGCAGCGCUGCUUGUGGAUGUACCUCCGAGCGUUAUGGCUUCCACCCAGUCUGUAUGCUGGAGACGAGGGAAACUUACUUCUCCCCGUGCCACGCCGGCUGCAACCGAAUGGGGGAUCUCAACGGAAUCUCAAUGUUCUACGACUGUGGAUGCGGCGCAGGCGCACAGAACGCAGUGCGCGGCUCGUGCAUGUUGGAGAACUGUCUCGCCAAGUACGCCACCUUCCAGAUCCAGUUCGUGCUCAUGUUGGCAGUCGCAGGAGCUGGUUUCAUAAUGCAAGGUAUGGUGAUACUCCGGUCGGUGCGACCAGCAGACAAGGUGACGGCCAUGGGAGUCAGCAUGUCUGUGGUCUCACUACUGGCCUUCGUUUUAGGACAUUUUGUCUACAUGACUGUCAGCAAAAUGACAUGUGUGUACGUCUCGAACGGCGAAUGUCUGCUGCACAGCACAUCGAUCUGGUUCCUGAGUGCCAUCAGCGCGGGGCUGGCAGUACUGUCAGGAGCAGGAAGCUACAUCGUCAGCAAACUGAGAACUGACACGGAUGAUAACGAGAUCUGUGAAUUAUAAUCUAUAUUGCAGAAUAUUUUUUGUACUGAGAGACCAAGGUUACGAUGCAGCUAAGGACCUUAAUAUUAUUCGGUCUGGUGUAUAAUAAAACAUCUUAUUCAAAUAGCAAUACAAUUCAAUUUACUUUGACUGAUAAACCUACUAGUAGCGACAUCUAGUAACAGACAUCCGUUAG